AUGAAGGUUGUAGCUCUUGUUUUGCUUUUGAGCAUACUUGCUGAAGGUGCACCCUCUACCAAAAAGGGGUUGUGUGUCUCACCAAGGAUCUACGAGUGCCAAGAUUUGGCUCAAUUCACAACUAUAGUUUGGUGGUAUGAUUGGUCGCUAUUACCUGCAUAUCUGAGGAAUACAAACUGCACAAACACACCAACACAGGAAAGGGUACCAAUGCAAUGGGGGUGGUGGAGAAGUACCAACAUCACAGGAAGAGUACCUGAGGAUGCCACAUAUGUAUUGGGAUUCAAUGAACCAAAUCAUAGAGAACAGGCUAAUAUGACACCUCAGAAGGCUGCAGAAUAUUGGCCAAGACUGGAAGCAGCUGUUGGAAAUAAAAUUCUGGUGAGCCCUUCAGCCGCAAACUGUGGCGGGGGAACUGAACGAUGUGUCUCCUCAACUAUUGAAUGGUUCGAUGAAUUCUUCCGUUUAUGUAAUGGUUGCCGUGUUGACUACCUAGCGACCCAUCACUAUCACUGCAACGCUGAUGCGACUAUGGCGUAUCUCAGGAGUCUUUACGCCAGGUACGGCAAGAAGAUUUGGUUGACGGAGUUUGCCUGUCCAAAUACAGAUAGCUUCGCAAGAGUGUCACGUUAUAUGACAAACAUACUUCCUCAGUUAGAGGCAGCAGACUUUGUCUACAGGUAUUCAUGGUUCAACAGUCGUAUUGAAAAUUCAUCAAACAGAUUUGUGCGUAAUAUCAAUAGAUUACUGACACCAGGGAGAGCAGAAUUGACACGCCUUGGGAGGCAGUAUAACAACUUUCAGCCAGCAUAGCAAUGUUGUUCAAUAAAGAGAUACAACUUCCAACCAGGAUAAAACUGUAGCUCAACUAAUCUUAAAAUUUAAUUUCACAUGUAUUAUUGUAUUGUUUUUGGG